AUGCACUUGGGCUGCACCAUGGCCUCGGGCCACUACAUCGCCGACUUCAACUUUCCGUGCGGAAGCAUCGAUUGUUGCGAAAUGCACAUGUACAAAAACGUUCUUCUGCGAAACGCCAACGAUAACUCCGUGGAAGAAAAAAGGCAGCUCGAAAAGAUCCUCUCCUCCUCCUUCGAGGGCGAAGACACGUGGCUGGAGUGCAACGACGAAAACAUCAGACCCAUCUCCACAAAGGAGUUCGUGGACUUGUUGGGCUCCAAGCCAAACUCCUCGUCGACGCCCUAUCUGCUGUUCUACACGAGAUUGUGA